GAGGAGGAGGCGGUGGUGGUGGAGGAGGAGGCACGCCGGCAGCUUGAGCGGAGGCGUUGCUCGCCUUGAAGGUAGCGUGUGCGGGAGCCGCGGCUGCCUCUGGGCUGGGCAAGGAAAGCGAUCGCCGGUCCUCCCGGCACCAUCCCGGGCCAUGCUGGCAAAGGUGGACCGGGAAGCCGAGCCUCAUCCGAGGAGGAGGAGGAAGCGAAGGUCGGGCAAGGAAGCAACGCUGACAUCUCGCACGCUCUUCAGCUUCUCCAGCUGGGAAGGAAACUGAGCGGCUGGGCUGGACCCACCUCGGGGCAGGUGCCGUUUGUUAACUGCUGCGCCCGGGGCUCGCUCCGCUUUUCGCGGGGAACUUUGCCGGCGGAGUUGAGCGCGACAAGAAGAAUCCUGCAUUCUUCGCUGUUUCCUCGACGGGAAAAGCUUCCUCGCGAGGAGUACGUACACAAGGCCGGGAGGAAACGGCAACAGGAGCCCUACGGUGUGUCUCUGCCGCCGCCGCCGCCCCCCGAUUUCAGCGCCCCAGAGAGAAGGGUGUGUGUGUGUGUGUGUGUGUGUGUGUCCGACGGGCUUGCGUCUGAUUUAAGAAAACACAAGCUGGUUGUGGUUUAGCUCGCAAGAGUGAACGGUCCGUACCUGCCAGCCCGCCUCUUCACGCCCUCUCAGCAGCAGGAGCAGCGGCUUCUUGGUUUGGCUUUUCCGCUCCUCCAGGAUGCCUGAUGAAGACGUAACCUUUGGUGUAAGGCACCCGCUUUAAUAGCUCCUUGAAGACAAAGACUAGUCUGCUUUCCUUCUCCACCUUUGACCCGAGUGAAAUAAAAAUUGCCAGAUCAGAACGGAGUUAUUUGGUUUCCCCCUUGCUGUGCUUGAAGUUGGGUUCAUCUCUUUUUUUUUAUCAUUUUGCACUCUGACAUCCAAGACACUGGAGCAGCCAUGGGCUGCUUCUGUGCAGUGCCUGAGGAAUUUUAUUGUGAAGUUCUGCUUCUGGAUGAAUCCAAAUUAACCUUAACCACACAGCACCAAGGGAUAAAGAAAUCAACGAAAGGGUCGGUUGUCCUGGGCUACGUAUUCCGGCAUUUAAACCUCAUUGAGAUAGAUUAUUUUGGACUGCGGUACUGUGACAGAAGUCAUCAGACGUUCUGGCUGGAUCCUACAAAGACUCUUGCAGAGCAUAAGGAACUCAUAAAUAUUUUCUUAUUUCUAAUAGCUGGUCCACCUUACACAUUGUAUUUUGGUGUUAAAUAUUAUGCAGAAGAUCCAUGCAAACUAAAAGAAGAAAUCACGAGGUAUCAGUUCUUUUUGCAGGUAAAGCAAGAUGUCUUACAAGGGCGUUUGCCUUGUCCUGUCAAUAUUGCUGCUCAGUUGGGAGCUUAUGCAAUACAGGCUGAACUUGGAGACUAUGAUCCAUGCAAGAACACUGCAAGUUAUGUUUCAGAGUACCGUUUUGUUCCUGACCAAAAAGAAGAAUUAGAAGAUGCCAUAGAACAAAUACACAAAACUCUGACGGGCCAAGUUCCAGCUGAGGCAGAACUGAAUUACUUAGGAGUAGCAAAGACACUUGAAAUGUAUGGAGUGGAUCUUUAUCCUGUCUAUGGUGAAAACAAAUCUGAAUAUUUUCUGGGAUUGAAGCCUAUAGGAGUAGUUGUUUAUAAGAAUAAAAAGCAAGUAGGAAAGUAUUUUUGGCCUAGAAUUACCAGGGUCCACUUCAAAGAAGCUCACUUUGAACUUAGAGUUUUGGGAAAAGAUUGUAAUGAAACUUCCUUCUUUUUUGAAGCACACAACAAAACUGCAUGCAAGCAUUUAUGGAAAUGUUGUGUAGAACAGCAUACGUUCUUCAGAAUGCCAGAAAAUGAAUCUAAUUCUCUAUCAAGAAAACUUGGCAAACUUGGAUCUCUUGGUUAUAAACAUCGAUACAGUGGGAAGACAGCUUUGCAGAUGUAUAAAGAUAUUUCUGUCCAGCUUCCUCGACCCAACCAGACAGUUGAAAGAAGUCGUAGUAAGACAUAUCCAAAAAGAACAUCAAAAGUGCAACAAUUUGGGACACAUUGCACAAGCCAGGUUAUUACAUUCAAAGAAUCUGGGGAAAAUGAAGGAAGAGCCAAAAUUAUUGCUCCAUCACCAAUUAAAAGUUUUAAAAAGUCAAGAAAUGAAAGCAGCCCAGAAACCCAAAGAAGUAAAAUCAGUGCACCAUGGGAAGAAAACCGUCCUCAAAGUGGGCUUUAUAAUUCUCCCAGCGACCGAACUAGAUCACCAAAGUUUCCUCAUUCACGACGGCAUCCUUCAGGCGGAAGUGAAAAUGAGCCUGUGCAGCCUUUCAGAAGAAGAUCAAGAUCCCGUUGCAAUACCAGCAGUGGUAGUGAAUCAGAAAAUUCUAAUAGAGAACAUAGGAAGAAGAGACACAGGUUACGACAAGAGAAUGACAUGGUUGAUUCAGCUCCUCAAUGGGAAGCAGUGCUGAGGCGACAAAAGGAAAAAAACCAAACUGAACCGACCUAUCGACGUUCCAGGCACAGAUCACGAUCGAGAAGCCCAGAUGUUCAAGCAAAGGAAGAAUUAUGGAAACACAUUCAAAAAGAACUCGUGGAUCCAUCUGGCCUAUCUGAGGAACAACUAAGAGAGAUUCCAUAUACUAAAAUAGAGACUCAAGGUGAUCCUGUUCGCAUUAGACACUCACAUUCUCCUCGAAGUUAUCGCCAUUAUCGCAGAUCCCAGUGCUCUGAUGGGGAGAGAUCUGUUCUGUCAGAAGUGAAUGCCAAAGCAGACCUUGUGCCUCCACUUCCGGUUACCCGUUCCUCAGAUGCUCAUUGUCUCACCACUGCAAUAUCACAGCAGCGGCGAAAUGGAUCUAAGGACAGCCUGUUAGAAGAAAAAAUACAAACAUCUAUGAACAAUGUGGAUGGAAAACACAGUGCUAAAACUAUAAAAAUAGUUCCGGCAUCAAGGCUCAAGAUAGAAACCUGAUUUUUAUCACAUACAAGACUGUGGAGGAAUGCAAAUCCAAAAUCCAAAUAAACGCCUUUAGUUGAGGAUCUUUUUUUUUUUUAAAUUAAGAGACUAUAAAAUAAUUUUAAGGACAUUCUGGAAUGCUAUGGAGAAGAUGCUGUUUGAUUUUUAGUAAAAAAGAAAACUGCUGCCACCAUGAGAGUAAAACUAAAAUGCAAGUUAUCCAGACUGUAUUGGAUGCACAGCAUAAAUACAUGAUUUCAAAAUGGAAGCAUCAGUAAAAAAUUUCAAGAAACAGUUCAUUUUCAAAGGUGCAAUAGUAGAUGUUCUUUAUUAUAAGGGCUGUAAUUCAUAUGCCUAUACUUGCCUAGCAAAUAUACUACUCCUUUAUUAUUCAUAACAGUGUUGAAUCUUUUGCUACCUAGUAGAACAUCCUUAAUACAAAGAAUUAAUCAAGAGCAUUAUUCAGUUAUGCAAACCCAGGUGCCCUUUCAAUGAAUUUAUUACUUUAAUUCUCAGUAAAAUAAUGUUUUAAAAUACGAUUCAGAAUAUUGCCAAAGUUUUCAGUAUACUUAUUUAAUUCUCUAAGCGCUGAAUAGUAGUAACCAAUACAGAGAACAUGAUUUUGUUUGAAAUCUAUGGCAAGUAUAUAUGGCAGUUUCAUAAACCUUCAAGGUAUGUUGCAGUCUUCUAAACAACUUGCGAUCGUAUUUGAGUGAAAUGUUAAGCCAGACUCCUUUUUGCUGAUAUUUCUAAAACUUUUCAGCAACAGAUCUGAUAGUGAAGUAACUGAAGAAAAGGGACUGAAAUUUUCCUGUUUACUCCUUUGGAGGGGCAUAGAGUGUGAUAGACAUGUCUGCAAUUAAUUUGAUUUCCUACUGAGAAUCAGUAGCUUGCUAAAUUUUGGCAGUACAGUUUUGUAGCACUUGGGAAUAGGAAAAAGGCUUGGAAAACUGUGGAUACUUCAUUUCUUGGGUAUAUUUGCAAUGAUUCUGCUAUUUAAUUCACAAGACCACUUACAGCAAAAAUGAAUAUGGUUAUUAGCUGAAGGGACUGAAAGAAAUAGAUUAUACAGGCUGUGCAAAAUCUUUCUGAAGUCCUUGUGGGUAAGAUGAUAAAAAUGCAGAGAACGUUUUUCUAAUUAAUUUCCUUGAAUGAAUGGAUUAGUUGCAUUGUCUUCCUUUUCACGGGAAGGAAAGUGAUCCAAUUUUUUAAAAAAAGAAACCAAGGGAAAUACCUUUUAAAAUUUCUGCUACCAUAUGCACCUAUUUACAUUUCUGAACUGCUUUGAUGAUGAGCAUUUAUAAAUGCAAUCCAACCGGAAGACAUAUUGAAUGUAGGAGAGAACAUAGAUUUGCAUAGAUCUGACUACAAAUUAAUUCUAGAAAGGAAAGUUCCAUCUGAAAGGGAUAUAAAAUUCAAGAUGAAAACUGCUCCCAAAACGGUUGCACAAACUCAAUUCUUAAUGUUGUAUGUGUCUCCAAUUAAGAGUUUUAAGAUUUGAAAAAUGUGUCAAUUUUGAUAGUGCUGAUUUGAACAAAAUUACAGUAGGCAAAAUAUAUGAAAUUGGUUUGCCAUUGUUUUCUCCUAUUAAAUACGAUUUAAUACAUUUUUGUAGAUGUUUUUCUCUAUGUUUGAUCAUUUAUGGAGGAUCAGUAUUUAACAUUUGUUUUUUAAAUGAAUGGUUACUUAUGCUGUGUACAUAAAAACAACAUGAUACACAAAUUGAGAAAAAUAAAGCUCAUAGUUUUCAA